AUGGAUCUGUUUGACGCCACGUUUUAUUGGGGAAGAAUUACGCGACAAGAUGCCGAAGAAGUUCUCGAACAGUCAGGACUGAAAAAUGGACUUUAUCUCGUACGAGAGAAGUUCGAAGAAGCAGGCGCUUAUGCAAUUUCAUUAUGUUUCUCCAAACGUUUUUAUCAUUAUCGCAUCGAUCGACUGGCAAAUGAUCACGUAGUGCUAAAUGGAUCACGAGCGCAAGAAAAGUUUCCGCUGACAAGUAAUAAUUCAAGGGUCAACAGUCCACGUCGAUCAGCAAAAGGCUCCGAUCAAAUGGAAUUUCUCGGACCUAUGGAAUUGAUUAGUCAUUUUCAAAAGAAUACUGAUGUACUCAUAACAACUCUAUCAAUUCCAUGUCAGAGAACAUUUGAUCAUAAUUUCGUGCAAUUCUGGUGCGUACCGUUGCUUACACCCGAGUUAUAUAUGAAUAAAGUCUGUCAAGAAGCAUCCAAUACCGAUCCAGAAAUACCAAUUAAAGAAAAAUUAACCUAUAAACGAUAUAUUUAUGAACGACGAGUGUUAAAAACAUUGCAUGAAGGCGAAUCUUGGUUUCAUUCUCGUCUAAGUCGACAAGAAGCUGAAAUUCGAUUGAAAAAUGCCGGUGGAAAAAGCGGCCUGUUCCUAGUACGAGAAAAACGUGCCGAUAAACGCUCGCGCGAAUAUUAUUCGUUGAGUUUGUGUUUUCAACGCGAAUUUCAUCAUUAUAUUAUUCAACAAACACCAAACAGUCGACUACAAAUCGCAUCGACGAAUAAAUCAACACAUAUCGAUCAAUUUGAUAGUAUUGUUCAAUUGAUUGACUUCUAUUAUCGAUACCAGAAAGAUCUACCUUGUGCUCUUCGAUUUCCUUGUACUCGUCCUGGUGGCUCUGUGCGAAUCAUUCCUUAUCAAACAUUCUUAGGAUUUGACACAAAUACUGAUCUCGAGACGAAUGAAACUGAUUUAUGGUCUCCCCUAUCACCUGCAUCGGGUGGAAUCUCAAGUGCCUCGUCAUUCUUUGAUUUUGAUGUUCCUCAUCCAUCACCAUCGACUGACUCUGACAAUAAUCAAGAUUCGCCGUCAAUAGAUAACGUUCUUAUCGAUGAAAAAUAUCUCAUUUUCGGGGACAAACUCGGCGAGGGUCAAUUCGGUGAAGUUUACAGCGGCAAACUAAUCGGAAACAACGAAAACAACAAUGGACUAACAAAGCAAACGUUACAACAAGUCGCAAUUAAACAAUUACGAAAUCGACAAAACGCAUUUAUCAAAGAAUUAUUAAAUGAAGGCGAACGAAUGUUGAAUUUAGAUCAUCCAUACAUUGUGAAGAUCUUUGGAAUAUGUAAACAUAAGACAAGCGUAUCGUUGAUAUUAGAAAUUUGUCCGUAUGGUGCAAUGAAUCGUUGGUUACGAUCGAAUAAAACAUUUCGAAUGAGUUACAUUUUGAAUUAUAUGUAUCAAGUUAGCGAUGGAAUGAAGUAUUUACAUGAAAAGAAUAUUAUUCAUCGAGAUUUAGCAUUGAGAAACAUUUUGAUCAUGUCGAAAACGAUCUGUAAAAUAUCAGAUUUUGGUUUGUCGCGUGUUCUGGAAGAUAACUCCUAUUACCAAAUUGGACGUAAUCGUCGGUUGCCUUCGAUAUGGUAUCCACCCGAAGUUCUCGAAACAUCUCUUUUUCAUUCUCAGAUCGAUAUUUGGUCAUUCGGUGUCACUCUUUGGGAAGCAACAUCCUACGGCGAACCACCCUAUCGAAAAGAGUUAACCGAAAUGACCAGCUUACAAUCGGAACCUGUGUCGAAAAAGUUACUUCAUUUUCUACGAGAUGGCAAUCGUCUAAAACAGCCUUCUACUUGUUCUGACCAUGUAUAUGAUUUGAUGCUCAAAUGUUGGGAAUAUGAUAAACGGCAACGACCAACAUUCGACUGGACAAAACAAUAUCUUAGCGUUUAUGCUUUCCAAAAAGAUGACCCAUUCGAUCGUUUUUCAUCCACGGUUGAGGGUGAUAGUAAAUUAUCCAGUUCUUUCUUUCGUCAUGAACAUGAAGAAACAGUUUAA